AGAGGAAUUUUUUUUUUUAUAAUUAUUUUUUUAAAAAAAAAGUGGCUUGCUUUUCAUUUUCUCUCUCUCUCUCUCUCUUUAAUCUUUUCUUCAUGUCUGAUAGAGAAGAGCGCAGAAGAAAGCGUCCACACCAUGGUGGUCCUUAUGCAAGAAAGCAUGAGUAUCAACGUCACGACUCCAGAUCGUUACGUCAGGAAGACAGUAAGAAAUACAGUCGUGAUAAAACUUGCUCAAGGCAUCGUUCGUAUUCUUCCGGUUCCGUGUCCGACAUGGGCGAUGGUGAAGGAGAAGAGGAGGAUAGAAAGGAUUACCGUAAAGGAGGUUACCAUCCUGUUCAUGUAGGUGAACGUUAUAAAGACGGUCGUUAUGUCGUCAUUCGAAAACUGGGUUGGGGUCAUUUCUCCACCGUCUGGCUUGUCAGAGACACUACAACUGGAAACCAUUUUGCCAUGAAGGUAGUGAAAUCUGCAAAGCAUUACACAGAGACAGCAUUGGACGAAAUCAAAUUAUUAAAACGUGUAGCGGAAGCAGACCCAACCUCUGUGGGUGCGGAAUAUGUGACAGCGGUAGUGGAUGAUUUUAUGGUAGAAGGACCUAAUGGUGUCCAUGUCUGUAUGACCUUUGAAGUUCUAGGUGAAAACCUGUUAUCACUGAUCAAACGAUACAAGAGUCGAGGUAUUCCCACCAACCUAGUGAAACAAAUUGCCAAACAGAUGCUACUAGGAUUGGGUUAUUUACACGAUACCUGUGGUAUCAUCCAUACCGAUUUAAAACCCGAGAAUGUUCUCAUGUAUAUCGAUAAUGCCGAAGAAUUGCUGAGGAAAUUAAACCAACAUAUAUCACCAGAAGAUAAGAGUCGAGGAAGAAGUCUGAUUCGAAAACAUCGGCAUGUUAAAAUGGUCGCUUCCGAACCAUUAUCAAGUGAACAAGAUGAGUCUGAAUUGGAACGUGGUAGGAAAAAGAGGUCAAGAUCCAACUCGAGAAAUAAAUCUAGUGCAUCAACAACAACAACAACAACAACAACAGAGACGGAAGAGGCUGUCAAAAUUAAGAUUGCUGAUCUGGGGAAUGCUUGUUGGGUAGACCAUCAUUUCACAGAGGAUAUUCAAACUAGACAGUAUCGCUCUCCCGAAGUUAUCCUCGGUGCCAAGUGGGAUGCAGGCGCAGAUAUCUGGAGUUUAGCAUGCAUGAUUUUCGAAUUAUUGACUGGCAAUUACCUAUUUGAUCCUCAAAAGGGAUCAAGAUUCAACCGUGACGAUGAUCAUCUUGCUCAAAUUAUUGAAUUGAUGGGUCCCAUGAACCCCCACUUUGCACUCUCUGGAAAGAACUCACCCGAAUACUUUAACCAUAAGGGCUGUUUACGUCACAUUCGUAACCUGAAAUACUGGUCAUUGGAAGACGUGCUUCAAGAUAAGUACGGAUACAAUCGACUGGAAGCGGAAGAAAUUGCUAGUUUCCUGAACCCCAUGUUGAGUUACGAAAACAGAGCGCGUGCUGUCGAUCUAGUGAACCAUCCAUGGUUACAUGACGUCGAUCCCAUUUUACCUGAUCAAGAUCAUAAUAAGGCUCAUUGGAGAACAGAUCGCCCCUGGAGGGAUUGGCAACGAGAAUACAAGAAACUCCAUGGUGAUUGUAAAAAACCAAGGCUUUAAAAAAAAUAUAAAAUAAAAUAAUUAUUAUUAUUAUUUUUUUUUUUGCUGUACACUCUAUUUUUUUUUAUUUUAAAG